AUGGAUUUCACGUAUUGUGAGUUCCCCAGCACCGUCUCCAUCGACACCUUCCAGGCCUAUUUCAAUCUCAAGGAUGUCAAGCUGCCCAAAGUCAGCGGUAAAUCAUGGGACACAAGCCACACCCCGACCCAUACCCAGACCCAGAACGAAGCCCACGAAGGCCAGACAAAUCAAGCGAAAAGUCUGCGACAUCUUGUGCUCGAUGCCAUCGUGCAGAACUGGAGCGAGUUGCCGCUGUACGGGCAAUUGGGACGGCGCGAGGACCGUAACUAUAUACUCAGCCAUCUGGACACCCAGCUGCCGCUGCAGUUGCUCAGCUCGCACAUCCGUGAUGACUUCUUUUGGGAGCGGGGCUACGAGCAGCGCUGGCGGGCGGCACCUUUGCAGGCGCGCGGCAGGGAACGGCCUUGGAUUAACAUCUACAUGGAGCGACAUGUGCAGGAGUUUAUUGAGAAUAUGCAAACCGGCGACUACGAGCAGGAGGGCAACGUGCAGGCCACCUUGGACAUCUGUGCGGCGUACAUAAAUCAAUUGGAGAUAAAUUUCCUCCAGCCCUCGCCAGCCGCCACCGAGGGAAAUGAUCACAUUCCGCUUGAUUACCUGCUGAGCAAUCUGCCGGACUUACGCCAACUGCGACUGAGCUACAGCACCAAGACGGCUGGCUGUAAUUACCAAACGGGCUGCAACCAAUUGACACCCAGGGACAUUCUGCUCCUGGCCAAGGGGCUCAGCCAGUGCCAUGAGCUGCGCCAGUUCUGUCUGCACAACACCAAACUGCUGCCAUAUCAGAUGCGUUACCUGGCCCACAGUUUGGACAAGGGCUGUCAUCAUCUGAGCGAAUUGUCCUUCAUCCACUGUGCGGUGGGGGAUGCGGGCAUUCGCGGCUUUCUGGAAACCUGUGGCAGGGAGUCCUUUGGCACUCUAACUGUCUUGGAUCUGACCAACAAUAAGAUCACUGAAGAAGGAGCUUACAUCCUCAGUCGCACCCUGAGGCAUGUGCCCCUCCAGCGACUGGUGCUGCGUCUGAAUCCUAUACAGAGCGACGGGGCAGCCGCCAUCUUCCACACCCUCCAGGCCAUGCCCAUCAGGGAGCUGGAUCUGGGAUCGUGUUCCAUUACGGAGACCAUUACCAAGCUUUUCAUGAUGCUAACUUGUCAGCACACGACCCUGCUGGACAUCGAUAUAUCCAACAAUGCCUUGGGGGAGGACUUUGGCAAAAAUGUGCUUAAGAUCAUCAUCUGCAAUAAAAUUCUUGAGAAAUUGGAUCUGCGCAACACGGGUCUGUCGUUGGAUCUGCGUCAGAAAUUCCAAGAAUUUCUCAUCAAGAAUAUUGAACGGAAAAAAGACCGGGCCUUGAAGAAGAAACAACGCGAUAAGUUUAAAUCCAUGCUGCACAUAUAA